GCUGCAGAGCGGUGUACUCCCUCUAAUCUGUACUGUGAUUCACCCCACUUGUAUUAUUAGUUACUGAAUGUCGGUCUUGUUGCCAUUUUUUGAGGUAACAGAUAAUAAAAGCAAUUCAUAAUUUCCAUUAUUACUUUUAAUUAUUAGGUGGCAAUCCUCCGCAGCCUAAAUGAGAGAGAGCUCCAAGUGAAGUACAAAGCUUGUGGGUGUGUGUGAUCCACUGUAAGAGCAGUUAGCCUUCAACGGUCUGUGAGCAAAUCUGAAGGCUCAUUAAUACAAACACGACAAAAAAGAAAUGUAUGAAUAGUCUCCCACCUGUCAGCGGAUGGAAGAGGGGGUUAUUCCAUGAAUGAGUGGGAUGGCUUCAUGCACGCACGUAGAGACCAGACUCACAGACAGGCCCUUCCCCCCACUCAUGUGCAGAGAAAUGUUGAUGAGGUAGUGGGAGAGCUGCAGAUGAAACGGCAUCCCCCCCCAUCCGUUCUACGUGUGUCUCCUCAGGAGUGGUUCCUUGACUAAACUGCUCACAUCACACACUGACACGCACUUCGCUUGCCUUGUUGUGGUUAUCUCUAUCUGUAUGUGGUUAGCUAUUACCCCCCCCCCCCUCUUCCCAAUAUCAUUUAUUAUCUUUUAUACAUGAAACUAUUGAUGAUAAUGGGACACAUAUUUGUAGAAUGGUAGUUCAUUUGUAGCUACAUGAAUGGAGUCCCCCCUCCUCCAUCCAUCCAAAGCUUUUCCCUCAUAUCUUCUUCAAACUUGGUGCACAUGGUGUGUCUCACAACCUCCUCCUGUGACGUAUUCAACCCCGCCCACUUUCUACACACGCCAACCAAUGAGGGCCCUCGGAGUCCCCCUACCGCUCCCGCAGCAGCUACCUGAUUGGCUGCUAUUCUUAGACUUUUUUUUUUUUGGAAGAAGGCGGAGAUUGGAGUACCUCGUCCUCCCCGUGUUUACACACACACACGGGGAGCAGGCAGUGUCUGAGUGAAUGGAGUCAGGGGGGAACGAGGGAGUGUGACUCCCCCGCCUCGCAUCAUCGCAUCCUCGCAUCCACGCUCUUGUUCUCCAAGGGACCUCUGAACGUCGUUUUUGUUUUUGUUGCUUUUAACCAUCUGCUCGGCUCGCACUGACCAGCGGACGGUCUGCUGGCUUCUGCGGUGCAGCAGCACACACUGUCCCCGCCGCCGGGAGGACGGAUGUCCCAAAGAUCAGCUCUCUCUGUCUCUCACUCUUGUCUCUCCAUGUCUCACUUUGCGCUGAAAUGCCAGAGGAGAGUAAUCUCAUCACGGUGUCGUGGAUGUCCCUGCAGUUCAAGAGGAUGCUGAACCGAGAGCUCACCCAGCUGUCAGAAACCAGUCGUUCGGGGAACCAGGUGUCUGAGUUCAUCUCUAGUACCUUCUUAGAGAAGCAACAUGACAUGGACAUCAUGUCUCCCCCCACCAAGGAGAAGGACAAGAAGAAGCGGCCCAUGUCCCAGAUCAGCGGUGUGAAGAAGGCCACCCACAGCCCCAGUCUUGCCCCCUCCACCAUCCCUCGCUUCGGGGUCAACGCCAGCCAGGAAGGACUCCUGGCCAAGGAGUUGGAGGACGUUAACAGGUGGGGCAUUGACAUCUUCAAGGUCUCUGAGUAUUCGGGGAAUCGCCCACUGACGGUCACAAUGUACACCAUCUUUCAGGAACGUGACCUGCUGAAGUCCUUCAAGAUUCCAGCGGACACUUUCAUCACCUUCAUGAUGACUUUAGAGGAUCAUUACCACGCCGACGUGGCCUACCACAACAACAUCCAUGCGGCAGACGUGGUCCAGUCCACGCAUGUCUUACUGUCCACACCUGCUCUGGAGGCUGUGUUCACUGAUCUGGAGAUCCUCGCCGCUCUGUUUUCAAGCGCCAUCCACGAUGUGGAUCACCCUGGAGUUUCCAAUCAGUUUCUCAUCAACACCAACUCAGAGCUGGCCCUGAUGUACAACGACUCCUCGGUGCUGGAGAAUCACCAUCUGGCCGUCGGCUUCAAGCUUCUGCAGGAAGAUAACUGUGACAUCUUUCAGAACCUCGGCAAAAAGCAGAGACAGUCACUGCGCAAAAUUGUCAUCGAUAUGGUGCUGGCCACAGACAUGUCGAAACACAUGAAUUUACUGGCAGACUUGAAAACCAUGGUGGAAACCAAGAAGGUCACAAGUCUAGGAGUCCUUCUGCUGGACAACUACUCAGACCGCAUACAGGUCCUUCAGAACAUGGUGCACUGUGCAGACCUAAGCAACCCCACCAAGCCUCUGGAGCUGUACCGUCGGUGGACGGACCGCAUCAUGGUGGAGUUUUUCACCCAGGGGGACAGGGAGAGAGACAAGGGCAUGGAGAUCAGCCCCAUGUGUGACAAGCAAAACGCCUCAAUAGAGAAGAACCAGGUGGGUUUUAUUGACUACAUUGUUCAUCCUCUGUGGGAGACGUGGGCCGACCUCGUCCACCCCGAUGCUCAGGAGAUCCUCGACACCCUGGAGGAUAACAGAGAGUGGUACCAGAGCAUGAUCCCCCACAGCCCCUCGCCCCACCCGGAGGACCAGCCGGAUGGAGCCCGCGCCGGGGAACCCUCAGCGCUUACUGGGGGCGGAGGCUCUGUUUCGGCCGACAAGUUCCAGUUUGAGCUGACAUUGGAAGAAGAGGGAGAGUCUGAUACAGAGAGUCCACCCGAGGAAGAGGGGGGCUUUAGCAGCUGUAGAGGGACUGAACUCUCCAGAACUGAUUCUGGCAGCGGAUGCGACGCGGUGUCGGCCACGACUCGCCUGCUCACCAAAAAGCUCUCUACCGAUUCAGGCAGGACGUUUUCUUUAGACUCUGAUAUGGCCGAAGACAGAGACACAGACCAGGAAGGCGUCUCUCGGGUACCACGCUUCCAGCUUGGCACAUAGCACCAGUCAAAAGUUUCAAAAUUUCUUUUGGCCUUUUGUUUGUCUUUCUCAAUUUGGGUGCCUCCUCUGUCCCUCUCCUUCUUCCGUUUCAACCAAGCACCACCAACUCUGGUUUCCGAGGUCAGGAGGACAGCAAUCCUCGGGAUGGGGAGUGCAGGUGGGAGUUGGGAGCAGUUAAGAAAGUCUGCAGUUCAACACUGGAGGGAGACAGAUGGACAGAACAGUCCUUUUUUUCGUUCUGUGUCUCUCAGUCAGACAUACUGUGGAUAAAGUUCUAGACAAUAAGCCGUUUAAAAAAAGAAAAGAAAUCUGUACUAGAAGCUGUACUAGAACAAAUGACAGAACGGUCUUCCCCUUUUGUGAAGAAAUUGAGGAAGUGAUUAAUGAGCAAGAAAAUAGUAAACACACAACAGCAUCUUGUAAGACAUUUUGCCAAACUUACACUUUACAGGGUUUUGCAUGCAUUUGUUUAUUCUGUUAUAUUUUAUUUAGGUUCACGUGCAGUGAAAUACAGUGAAUAGACUUCAAAACAGUGUAAGCAGCAAAGUAAUGGCAAAAACGAACUAUGCAGGAUUAUUUAAAUGUAGCUGACAUUUAGCGUGAUUAUUGUAUAGGUAGCCCUCCUUUCAGGUGAUGUUGCACAGCCCAUUUAAUUUUAUUCAGCAAGCAUUUUCAGAAAGAUAUAACUAUAAAAAGUAGCUGACGUUUUCUUUUUCUUUUGACAUUUCGGUGGCUUAAUGCUUACUAUUUCCACUUUUUGUAACUCUAAUCUAUGAUAUUGUCAGCGACAACUCUGAGCCAAAUUCAGUGACGCGUUAUUCAGUCGAGGAACUGCAUCCAAAGCAAUGAGGACUAUGCACAUGGCGCCUCCCAGUGUUGAUAAGUGGAACUGAAGUUCUGGCAUUGGAAAAAUGCAUUUAAGACGUAUUUCACUGUAGGACUGCCCAAAAUAUCAGUUAUGUUUCUGUUUUAUUUCUGCUUUAUUUUUGUUGUGUUUUUGUUUUAUUUCCAGUCAGUAAUUUUGGCAUCCUUAGCAUUCUGCACCCGUUCUAUCAGUUUGCCUUCAAGUUUAGCACUUUACGGUUUUGUUCAUAACUAGCCCUCAUUGUAGUUUUUAAGGGCUUGAGCGAAGACAUGAACUCAUUGGAGGCUGUUAACAAAAAACCCGCUUCAUUUGCUGCCAAAUAACUAGCACAGACAUCACGCAAAAACUAAACGCUGCAGUACAGCUAUGAAUCCAUUGAAAGCCAUUGUCAUUAUUAUACAAUAUGUUACACACAGCAUCGACCUCCUGAAAUGCAGUUUCUUGAAACAUCCACUUGAAUACAAGUGCAUAGAGCGACAGUGUGUUGGAAGCACAAAAAGAAGCAUGUUAGCAUCAUUGUAAUUGCAAAAAGAAAUAAUCGAGGAGACUGUUUCAUAUGCCAGAUUUUUUUCUUUUCGUCUUUUUUCUCUCAUUGAUCAAUAUUUCGCUCUUCACGGGGACAAAGUCAAUGACAAAACAAGUGCCAAGCAAGCAUGACACAACCCGUACUGUAAUUUCCAUUUUGCCACUGGCUACUUUCCAUCAGCGACUGAUAAAGUCGGUUGAUUGUAGCACCCUGUGUGCCAAUAUGACCCCAGUGUUUUUUGUUCUUGCUCAAACAGUAACUGUAACUGAAACUCAUAUUUUCUUAAAACAGUGAUGUGUAUUUGUGUGUGUGAUUGAAUGACUGGGUUGAAUUUUUCAAUGUGUUUGCUAAGAAAAAACCAAAGCACUUUGUAUGGUACUUUACAGUUCUGCACUUCCAGUACAAUUGAACAUGUAUGGUGACUGUUUUUUUUAGCAAAUAGCCUGGUGGUUGAAUGGAAUUCUGUGGGCUGGACCACUACAGCUCUCAAAUGUCAGAUGUUGGAGGGAUUGAUGUUUGUUUUUGUAAUUGACAUGACAUUGGCUGCAGGAUUUGAAGAAGAAUAUUGAGGUAAUUUACUAACUAUUAUAACUUAGUCUGAGGAGAAUUUUUUUUAUUCAAUUACCACGAAACAGAGUAAAUCACGUGUUAAUGUGUGAACAAGGCAAGUUGAACAGUUUUUGACGCCUUAUUUUUAAAAUUGGCUUUUUUUUCUUCUGGUCAUAAAUGUCUUCACUGUCAUGCUGGAUUAAACAUUUGCAAACCGUUCGGUAGCCAUUAACAGCACUAAACUGACCAACACUCAAGGAUGCCUUCUAUAUUAAGGUCUAUUUAACAGCUUAGAAGCACAACAUGCAAACAUUAAUCUGUCUCUACAUGUAACUAAUUGUUGGAUUUUGUUCACAGUUUUCUUCACAGUUAUUUGUGUACAGUUUAUUUAUUAUUUCUAUUUUAUCUGUCAGAAAACAAUGGAACAGUAGUUUUUUUUCGUCUGACUUGAUGUUUAGAAAGUCACACAGGACAUAUUUCAUCCACAACUCAGUUGUUUUCCUUCUCGUUCUAUUACUUUACUGCUUGCAAAUAACGUGAUACAUAAGCAACAAUACUCACUUUCAUGUUUUUCUUUGUAUAAAAAUAGUUUAGUGAGUCUGUAUGAGUUUUGUCAAACAUCUCUCCUGUCUUCCUCAGUUUUCACACUCACAUGAUCUUACAGUACGUGUGCUAACCUCAAACGUGUUUGAUUCAUAGUGAAGAUUAUUUAGUCACAGAACUUCAAGUCAACCUAUCAGUAUUUCCGUUUUUAGACAUAGAAAGAUCAUGAACUAAGACUGCAGCGUUGACAAUCCAAACUGUUAGCCCUCUCUCCAACUAGAACUGUAUGCCUUGCCAAUAAAAGAAAAACUAUUCACUCUAA